AUGAAGACGUCCAAUAUCCUAAGUUUCCUAGGCCUCUUUCUCGUCAGCGCAUCUGCUGUUCCAAAUCAGAAUUAUGUUGAUUGGAAGACCUUCAAGGCCAAUGGAGUCAACCUCGGUGGCUGGCUAGUUCAAGAAGCCGUCCUAGACGCCGGAUUCUGGAGUCAGUACGGCGGCAAUACCACCGACGAGUGGGGAUUUUGCGUCCGUCUUGGCUCGCAAUGUGGUCCGGUCCUGGAACGACGCUAUGCAACCUAUUUCCAGCCCGCCGACAUUGACAAGCUCGCCAAAGCUGGUGUCACCAUCCUCCGCAUCCCGACACACUACGCUGCUUGGAUCAAGGUUCCUGGCUCCCAGUUAUACACCGGCAACCAAAUUCAAUUCUUGAAGAACAUUGCGACAUAUGCCAUCACCAAGUACAAUAUGCACGUCAUCGUCGAUGUUCACUCCUUACCAGGUGGGCUCAACGGGCUGGGUAUUGGAGAGAAGGACGGCAACUAUGGGUGGUUCAACAACGAAACUGCCCUGGAAUAUUCAUACCGCACCAUAGAUGCCGUCGUUCAGUAUGUUCAAACCUCCGGGUUUCCUCAGUCAUACACCAUUGCACCCCUGAACGAGCCAGUGGACAACCGCGACUUCUCCAAGUUCGGUACGCCGGAUGCACUUAGCAUCAAUGGUGCUGCUUGGGUUGCAAAGUUUAUCAACGGAGUCCUCUCCCGAGUCGCAGCUCUCAACCCGAAGAUUCCAGUCAUGGUACAAGGCAGCUUUCGUCCCGAGACGUUCUGGUCGCCGUAUUUCCCUUCUGACGCAAACAUCGUUUUCGAUUCCCAUCAUUACUACUUCGCCGGCAGACCAACCACAUCUGACAACAUACCGACUUUCAUCUGCGAAGAUGCCAAGGGGUCUAUCAGCGAUGGGAAAUUUCCCGUCUUCAUCGGCGAGUGGUCGAUUCAGGCUCUCAGCAACAACACUUUUGCCAGCCGGGCCAAGAAUCUGAAUGAUGGGCUUUAUGCUUGGUUCAAGUAUACCCAAGGAAGCUCAUAUUGGACCGCCAAAUUUUCUGGAACCGACCCAGUCAAUGGUCAAGGAACUCAGAGCGAUUAUUGGAAUUAUGAAACCUUCAUUGAUUUGGGUGUCAUCGACCCAGCGUCUUCUGUGGGAUUUUGCGCCUAG